UUAAACAAAUAAUGUCAAGCAAUGUUCUCUUUUGAUAGAACAUAGUAUUUGUUACUGCUCAUGCAUUUUGCAGGUCACCCUAAAACACUAGAUAUGUUCACAUAUUUGGACUCGGACAUAAAUGACUUGAUUUUCUCGUGCAUGACACAAACGUCUUUGACGGGAGUUUCCGGUCGUGUGGUUUUCUCUACAGGGGCUGAUCCUGACAGACUAGUGAAAGUAGAACGUAUCCAAGAUGGUGCAAGAAAAAGAAUUGCAUUGUACAGACAAGACAAGGAUCCAAAAUAUUUUGAGUGGAUCGAGGGAGCCCUUAUAUGGAAAGGUGGUAUGAUACCAAGAGAUUCUGCAUAUAUUGUAUACGAGGAAUUAAAAGUUCCAGUUUCCCUCAGUGCAUUGAUGUUGACAUUUGCUGCUCUAGGGAUAAUUCUGUCAAUUUUCUUUCUAGUGUUCAAUAUCGUUUACAGAAAUAACAGUUAUGUGAAGAUGUCAUCAUCGAACAUAAAUAACGUUUUGCUGCUAGGAUGUAUGUUGUGCUAUUGUACUGUCUUCUUUAAAACCAUUGCGCCAAAUGAUAUCAUUUGUAAGGCAAGAGUACUAAGCUUUUCUCUAGGAUUUACAAUAACCUUUGGUGCAUUAUUUUCCAAGACCUGGAGAGUGUAUCGAAUAUUUACUAACCGAAAAUUGCUUAAACUUAGCAUUAAAGACAGGCAACUUUACGCGAUUAUCAUCGGCCUGGUUGUUGUUGUCCUAGUGGUUGUGAUAAUUUGGGAACUCGUUGGACCUCAUGAAAAAGAGAUAAAAAUUCUAACUAAAGAGAUGUACACGACAACAGACGGCACUGAAGUGCAACCAUUAGUCAAUGUUUGUGACAGUUCAUAUUCGGAAAUAUUUGGAUGGACGUUAUAUAUUAUUGAAGGAGCACUGUUAACAUUUGGUGCUUUUCUAGCAUGGGAAACCAGAAAUGUCAGAAUUAAAGCAUUAAACGACUCGUACCGAAUAGGGCUUUGCCUGUAUAAUGUUGUCAUUCUGAGUGCUGUUGGACUGACCUUGAGCCUGCUGUUAGAGGAAGAGGUUUUGAUCUAUGGAAUCACAUCUGGGUGUCUUAUAAUUGGCACAACAGUGACCCAGAUGGUGAUAUUUCUUCCAAAGAUUCAGGCGGUAUGGCAUAGAGUGGAAGGGCAAGACAUGUCAACAUCAGAUCGAAUCGGUACCAGAGCUUUUACUACGUGUGCAACGACUAGCUUUGCAAACAAUGAAUUAAAAUCAAUAGACGAAAACAUAAAGAAGUUUCCGGAACAAAACCCCAGUCAUGAAGCGAUUCACAAACGUACUGGUAGUAUGCCUGCUGAAAGUUCCACCUAGAAUUUAAAUGUCAGCCCGGCUGACUAACUCUCCGAUUGCAUUCGGAAACAAAGCAUUGAUUACGAACAAUGUACUUAAAGCGGAAUGCAUUACUCUAAACAAUCUAUAAAAUGUGAGUACUCUGAAAGUGACAAGUGGUACAAACUAUUUGGCAUAAGACUUCUGCAAGAUAUUCUUUUAAAUAACCAAACAUAUUGUUCAGACGGAAUUAAAUAGUUGCAACGCUUUUGAAAUAAUGCAGAAAAUUUACAUUCUUCUUGCAUUUACACCAAUAUCUAACUUUUAUCUACAUCAACGUUAAUUAUCAUUUCAAUGUCAUAUAUCAUUCUAUGCCAGACUUGGUGGAAAUGAAUUUACCCAAACUGUCGGCGUAUAGCUUUAAACAUAUAAAGCAAAUAUUUGGUUAUAUCAUUUGGGUAGAAUUUAAAUGUCAGCCCGGCUGACUAACUCUCCGAUUGCAUUCGGAAACAAAGCAUUGAUUACGAACAAUGUACUUAAAGCGGAAUGCAUUACUCUAAACAAUCUAUAAAAUGUGAGUACUCUGAAAGUGACAAGUGGUACAAACUAUUUGGCAUAAGACUUCUGCAAGAUAUUCUUUUAAAUAACCAAACAUAUUGUUCAGACGGAAUUAAAUAGUUGCAACGCUUUUGAAAUAAUGCAGAAAAUUUACAUUCUUCUUGCAUUUACACCAAUAUCUAACUUUUAUCUACAUCAACGUUAAUUAUCAUUUCAAUGUCAUAUAUCAUUCUAUACGUCUUUGUUGUGUAAUGAGAUAAUUUUCGAUUACAUGUUGGUAUGAAAAAAAAAAACAAGCAAAAUACUCAAACAAAGAUAUGCUAGCUGUUUGUAUACGCAUAAGAAACAAACAACGUAAAAGCUUGGAAAUGGUCUAAAAGGCAGACUGUUUUGCUACAGUGACGUGUAACUGUCAUGAAAAAAAUCUUUUGUGUUGUCAGAAUAUACUCCAGAUUAGUAAAAGAAGACAAACGACUUUGCUACAGAGACUUGCAUAUGUCAUACAAACAUACGUCGGUGAGCUUAGAAUAUACUCUAGUUAGUAAAAUGAGACGAACAGCUUUAAUACAGUGACAUGAUAACGUAAGAAUAGUAAAUACGUCUGUGUCGUCAGAAUAGGCUGCAGUUACUAAAAUUAGACAAAUGGUUUUACUGUAUCGAUGUGCAAAUGUCAUAGAAACAUACGUCAGUGAAGUCAGAUUAUACUCUAGUUAGUAAAAUAAGACAAAAGACUUUACUAUAGUGACGUGUAAAUGUCACAGAAACAUAUCGUCAGUGAUGAUGCUCUAAAACUUCAAAAUCCCAGCGGGAAUUCACUCUAAGUAUUCACCUUUCAAGCUAACACCAGUCGCUGUUCAAUGUAAGGAAAUGCAACCUGUUUCGCUUUGAGCAGAUGAAAAUGAAUUUAAGAAUGCUAAACUCUUUGAAGCUUUAUCAAGCAGUGCAUAAAAAGUAAAAUUUAUUUUUGAAUAACUGAAACAGAUAUUUUUAAAAAUAAUCUAAAUACCAUUCUAAUAUGCUUGUCUCUGUUAAAACACUCUCACGAUAGAAUGACGUCACGUUAACGUGCGAUGACGUCAAAGUUUUUGUUGCGACCAAGAAAGAGCGCUGCUAUAUUUUGUCUACUGUUUUAGAUUAAGGGCAUAUUAGAAUCGAAAUAAUUUAUAGCACAAGCGUGUUUAAACACUAUUUAUGCACUCGGGUGGUAAUACGUCGUCCAAAUAAUUUCACUCGGGCUGAGCCCUCGUGAAAUUAUUACGCCCGACGUAUAACCACCCAUCGUGCAUAAAUAGUGUGAAAGCACACUUUUGCUAUAAAUUAUUUCUUAAAUGAUGCUGAACUUUAGAAAUCACAUGCUCACUGUGUCAGAUUUAGACUUUCACGGUUUUAGAAGUUUUUUUCAAUAGAUGUAGGUACAGAUGGGAAUUUUCAGCAUCGAGGGCAGCUGGUUUAUAUUGUUGAAUAAAUAUUGAUCAAAAUACAAUUUACUAUACACGUCUGGAUGGAAAAACUAUUAUUUUAACAAUAAUAGAAAGCAGUAUGCAGAGUAUUGCUUAGUAAAUAUCUUGUAUUUUGCAUCAGAGCUAGGCGUAUGUAAAAGGCACCCUAUUAUAGGGAUAGUUUUCAAAAUGAUGAGGCAUUUGCUUUAGUUUAUACUAAUUUAUUUAUUCUCGAUUGUCAAACAAGUUCUUACAACUUAUAUUAAUGGCUCUUGAGACUCAUUCCCGAUGGAACCAACCUCUAAGAGCAGAGAGAGAGAGGCAAUGUGGAAUUAAAGUGUCUUGCCUUAGGACACUACCGCCAAGGCAGUGGUCGGAAUCGAACCCGGGACCCUUCGAUCUCAAGGCGGACGCGCUACCACUACGCUACGGUGGCUCCACUUGCUUUAACCUCAUAUCAGUGAAAUAAUGCAUAGGUCAUUGAUAUACGUAUUUCAAAAGCAUAAAAGCUAUCUUUCCGUUUGCGACUGCAGAAGAAAAUUUAAUAGAAAUUAUUGCACUUGAGAAGGAAAACAAGCGCUGUUCAGUAUGUUUCUAGUGUUUUGUUUAGAAUUACUGGGCAAAGGCCUGUUAGUAAACAGUUACUCCGUUUGCCGGAUAUUCCCAUCCGCAGCUACACCCAGUGAUAGAAUCUUUCUCUUGUUAAUGGUAUUAAAACAAAACAAUAGUGAAAUAAAAUCAAGCAGAUGA